CGCACGAGGGGCGUCAAAUGGCGAUUAAUGCUGAAAAUGCUUUAUCUUCUUUUCCUGCCUGGUGUGUCUGGGUAGAUUUCACAGAAACAGAGAUUUACUCUCUAUAACGAUUGAUGGGUUCGAGUCAAUCCCGCCAGCAUGCCGGCCAUGCAGACACACAAUCUCAAUCUCAAGCUCAAUCACGACCACAAUCCUAUCGCGACCGAGACGACGAUACGGUGACCGACGAUACCGAUUCAAGAAGUUUUCAGUAUAUCGCUCCGAUCCCAGAGCCUACGGUCAACGACGACGACGACGACGACGAAGAUAUCGACGACCCCGUACGAUCUAAUGGAAACGAAGCCGAAAAACCAGCGACUUGGAUGUCGCUGCCCAAAAAGUCCCAACUCGCCAUCUUGACAUUCGCACGCUUAUCGGAACCUGUCACGCAGACGUCUUUGCAGGCGUAUAUGUUUUACCAGCUCAAGUCGUUUGAUCCGUCGCUGCCUGACUCGACGAUUUCUGCGCAGGCGGGGAUGCUACAGGCUUGUUUUACGGCGGCGCAGUUUGUUUCGUCUGUUUUUUGGGGGAGACUGGCGGAUGCGGAUGCUGUGGGACGGAAGACGGUGUUGCUUAUUGGGUUGCUGGGGACGUCGAUAUCGUGUCUUGGUUUUGGGUUUUCGAGGUCCUUUGUGACGGCAGCGGUGUUUAGGACGUUGGGCGGCAUGCUCAAUAGUAACAUCGGGGUGAUGAGGACGAUGAUUGCCGAGAUUAUCGAGGAGAAAAAGUUCCAAGCUCGGGCGUUCCUGUUGCUGCCCAUGUGCUUCAACAUUGGGGUUAUCAUUGGACCGGUAUUCGGGGGCAUGCUGGCUGAUCCGGCGGGUAGUUAUCCUGGUCUGUUCGGGCCCGGAUCGUUCUUUGGAGGGAAGGAUGGGGUUUGGUGGAUGCAGCAUUGGCCGUAUGCGUUGCCGAAUGUGUUGAGUGGGAUAUUCAUCUUCUGUUCCAUGUUGGCUGUGUUUUUGGGAUUGGAUGAGACGCAUGUAAUUGCACGGUAUCGCGAUGACUGGGGCCGGAAUCUAGGCCGAAAACUCGCCAGAUCCGUCUCGAGAAACCGCAUCCCCCGAUACUACCGUCGUCUGACCGACCAAGAAGAAGACAAUUCCUUAUACGAAGACGAAAACGAGUCCGCUCCGACUCCAACACCCCCCAUCCGACCACAAUACAAACGCCCGACCUUCCGCCAAACCUGGACCCGGAAUGUCCUCUUAACGCUGCUAGCCAACUUCCUUGUCGCCUUCCACACCAGCGCCUUCAACUCCAUGACCUUUACGUACCUGCCUACACCCCGCGCCCCAGAAGGCAGUCGGGACGGUAUCUUCUUCGGCGGAGGACUGGGUCUCCCGUCUUCACGGGUGGGUCUGGCAACAGCUAUCAUCGGGGUGAUCGGUCUUCCGCUCCAAAUCUUCGUCUAUCCAGGCGUACAGGCCAAAAUAGGCACAUUGACAUCAUUCCGCGCGUUUCUACCCUUUUCUGCAAUCGCAUACGCAUUGGCGCCCUUUCUCGUGCUCAUUCCCCGAAAUCCGGCACUUGUCUGGCCCGCAUUUACCUUCAUCGCGGCACUACAAGUUAUCUCUCGGACGUUCGCGCUGCCAGCUGGUAUCAUCCUCGUGAACAACUGCGUCACGAACCCCGCUGUCCUGAGUACGAUCCACGGGGUGGCGCAGAGUGUUUCGAGCGGAGCACGUACGCUGGGGCCAUUUGUUGGUGGUUGGGGAUUGGGGUUGGGAUUGCAGUAUAAUUUCAUCGGAGGGGUGUGGUGGUUUUUGGCGCUGGAGGCGAUGGUGGGGUGGUUGUUGUUGUGGACGAUAUAUGAGGGGAGGGGGAUUGGGAGGUGAUCUGAUGAUUAUUUGUAUGCAAUAUUCAUGUUCAUUAACGUAAGUCAUGAUCGUGAGCAGUGUUCUAGACAACUGCAAUAAAAGCCUGUAUAGCCU